AUGCGGCACCGCAAGAAAGAACAGAAUACAGUCAACGCCGAGGUCGUUGAUACUUACAAGAGGAGAGUUGCUUUGGAGGAGUGCUCAGCGGGAAAUGACGGACCUCCAGGGCCGCCUGGCCCACCUGGGUUGAAGGGAGACAUAGGAGGGCCGAGUAUAGCUUCAACAAACUGGCGAUCGUGUGCUUUCUUUAAGAUCGAUGAUGGCCAGGAUAAUGGGGAAGUCAGGACUUGCAGCAUCACUAAGCAGUACUCAGACACCUAUCUGUACGUGGCCAUUUCGGGAAAUCUACGAGUAGGGUACACAAACGGAGCUUGCUGCCGGUGGUACAUCACAUUCAACGGUAACGAAUGCUCGGACCCUGAUCGCAUUGAGGCUGUUACCUAUGCUGGAGGCUAUUCUAGUUACAACUUACACAGACCUAGAGUUUUCUUUGGUUACUGCAAGAGUUUGUCUACCGGCAGUAUCUCCGUUGGGUUGCGAGUUGGAAACUGUGCAGGAUACGGCUACUAUGACUGCUACACCGGAUGGAAAAGCGCUUUGUCUAUCAUGGUAGAAGAGAUCACACCAUCGCCUUAUGACUAAAACAGUAAUGAAUAUACUCUGCCUGAUUUGUG